AUGAAGUCGUCAACUGUUCUCGCCUUGGCAGCGUCUCUGCUCCCUCUCGCCGGCGCAUGGGAAAUUACAUGGAACGACGCUGAUGGCAAUAACCACACCAAGUCCGGCACGGGCCCCAGCGACUGCAUCAAAAUCGAUAAUCCCAAGGGUCACCUUUUCAAAAUUGAUUCCCAAGGCGCGACGGAUAUCAAUAUGCUUCUCUUCACCAACAGUGCCUGCUCCGGCGAUGCAGCGGGCAUGGCCACCGAUGUGUUCUCCAAAGAGGCUUCGAAAGGUCUCCUUGGCUUCAAGGUUGUGAGUCUUUCGUCGACGGCAACUGGUUCGGGAAGUACGGCGACGGGCAAUUCCACGGCUACUGGUCACACUGCGACGACGGCGACGGAGACGGGCACAACCGCGACGGCGAAGACUACCAGCUCGGGCCACGCUUCUUCCACCAGUGGCAGCACCAGUGCCGAGUCGAAGAGUACUCAGACGACGGUUGUGACGAGUGCAGCUGCGACGACGAGCAACACACCCUCUGGUAGCGCGUCGGUGACGAGUUCGAGCGCCGCCAGUGCGAGCACAUCCAAUGCUGCUGUUCGAGUCGCAGGUUCCAAUUCGGAUAUUGUCAAGGGUGUUGUGGGUGGUAUCGUUGGAUUGGCGGCAUGGAUGAUCUAG